UCUACUGUCCGCAGGCUUUCACCACUUGAUGCCCACGCAUUCACACGUUCACGCAUUCUCUCACUCAUAUUCCGCCGGUGACUGCGUGGACAUCGCCGCGGACGCGUCUUUGGAUGCUAUGCGUUGAGCGACGAUCAUGUGAAGAUCUGACCGAGAGUCUGAAGCUCUCCUCUCAGGGAAAGUCAUCCAGAUCUGCGAUUCCGCGAUCCACAUCGUCCGUCCGGCCUUCUCUCCCCCGCAUCAUGAAAGGCCUCUCAAGUAGCCGGAGCCACCAUCACGCCAUAUCCUACGAGCAGCCGUACGAUCCGCUGGCUCAGCACGUCGACCGCAAGCCAUACUUGAUUAGUCAGAUGGACAUGCCGCUUCCCAUUGCCGUGCCGCAUCCCAACGAGCUGUCCUAUUACAACGCUCACCGGACAUCGUACCCCUCCGACAACAACAACAUCGUCCCGUACGGAACCUUUCCCAGAAGAUGCCAUUCCAUCUCUUCGUCUCACCAUCCUGAGGUAAAGGAUGAGUGUAUGGCCAUGGUGCCCUAUGUAGGAGGAGGGGGAGGAGGAGGCUAUGGAGGUAAAACGCCCACCCGACUACAGGCAAGCUUUUCAGAAUCUUUCGAGCAACAGCCGUCCUUUUCCAGGGACGGCUACCACACGCUGCAAUACAAACGGGGAAUGUUGGCCCAGAGCGGGGCCGCGGGGCCCAACGCCAACAACGACAGUCCGGGGAGGAUCCGCCACCUGGUCCACUCGGUCCAGAAGCUGUUCACCAAGUCGCAUUCGCUGGAGGGGCCGCACCACACUCAGUCCGUCAAGGGGGCCAAUAACGGGAGCGUCAACGGCGGCGUCGGAGCCGGUCCGAGGGCCAGUCCGGAAGGCCAUAGGAAACGCAGCAAGAGUCGCGAGCGCUGCCGAUCGGCGGAGCCCAAACAUCGAAGCCACCACCAUCACCACCACCAGCUCCACGGCUCGGCGUCCGCGCCGGGCUCGGGCUACUGGAGCUCGGACGAUAACCUGGAACGAGAACUGUGUCUCUACCACCCUCACCACCACCAGCCGCCACCCUCGCCCGCACCCUCCGUUUCCCCUUCGCCCAUCGCCAUGACCAUGGGCCGGUAUCCGGGCAACAACCCAGACAAGUACCCCCAGUCACAAGCGUACUUCAUGAUGGACCCUUACGGUACGAUGGGCGAGCACGCGCAUCACGGCCACCCGCACCGCCACCCCGCCCUCAAAGUCUCGCGGAGCAACAACGACGUCAAGUACGCGGCGCCGCCCGCCCGCGUGCCGGUUAGCGCUAGCGGCAAUAACAUCGGAGGAAGCGGUCCCUUGCUGUCUCUGGGUCUGGUGGAUGCGCCCCUUGUGAAGAAAGGGGCGUGGUCGUCCAGCUUAACGGUGAGCAGGGCCCGAGAGGUCUACACCAACAACAGCAGCCACGAGCAGCUCCGAGCCGGCGCAGGAUCCGGUAACCUAAAACUAGAUAGAGCUCUAAUCAAAUCUAAGAGCAGUCAGCAUCAGGAGCGCACUUGCCAUUUCUUACAGGUACCUCAGGAUGAGUGGAGCGGGUUCUCUCCUUUGGGGAAGGAAGACGACAUUCCGUGUCGGAGGAUGAGGAGCGGCAGCUAUGUGAAAGCCAUGGCUGAGGAUGACAGCGAAGACUCGGACGGGAGUCCUAAACCAUCUCCCAAGAUUCAAGCGCGACGCGCCAGUUACUUGAAAGCAACGCAGCCUUCGCUGACGGAAAUGACCACUCUACAGAUUUCAUCUGAACAUUCCCCAAAGCUACAGAUCAGGAGCCACAGCUACCUGCGUGCGGUGAGUGAGGUUUCAAUCAAUAGAAGCCUGGACACCCUGGAUCCCAAAACCCUUCUCGACCCCAAAUCGUUGCUGUCCUCACCCCAAUACCGAUCACGCAAUGAAAGCUACAUGAGGGCCAUGAGCACCAUCAGUCAGUUGAGUGAAGUUGAGGUGAAUGGGCAGAUUGAGCAGGUAUGUGAGCAGGUCUAUAGCCAAAUGCAAGCUCAGGCCAUGGAAGCUGCCAUGAACAGGAUGGAAAGGAUGGACAGGAUGGAAACCAUGGAUACGUUGCCCAUGCCAGGAUGUUUCCGAAUGAGGAGCCACAGUUACGUGAGAGCCAUCGAUCAGGGCUGCGCUGCCGAGGAAGAGGGGGAAGGAGGAAGACCGCUGCUCCUGUUGCCGUCCUCUCCGCCGCGCACCUCCGCCACCACUGUCAGGACAAUCCAAAGCAGCACAGUUUCAUCUUGUAUCACAACAUAUAAGAAAACUCCUCCGCCAGUGCCACCGCGAACCUCCACCUGUUCUACAGCGUCCAAGCCGUACAUCUCCAUCACAGCGCAGAGCAGCACAGAGUCUGCGCAGGAUGCUUACAUGGAAGAAGAGGGACCAAGAGGCGACAUGACUAUCCAGUCGGGGCUCAGUAAUUCCACAGAAAGCAUUGACAGCAUGAAGGCUUUGACUGCUGCCAUCGAGGCUGCCAACGCACAGAUACACGGGCCGGCCAGUCAGCAUGUCAAUAACAGCACUGUGACAAUCAACAGUCCUGCUCCCCCGGUCUUGAGCCGAGGUCUGAUUGUGGAAGACCACCAUGAUGAAUACAGGAAAGAGGCACUCAGGAAGGGCAAAUGUCUCUCCAUAGGUAUCCAGGUGGACGGACCAGAGGAAACGCCAGACCCGGAGGACCCAUCUAAGUUCACCUCUGUUGGAGUGCAAGUGGAGGAUGACAGACGGUAUCGUCGCUUCCAACGUUCGAACAGUGUGACGACAGCUGUACAGGCAGAUUUGGACAUGCCAGGCUUUCUUGACACUCCUCUGGACUCCUCUGACACGGAUUUAGAAGCGCUGUCAUCCGGUGUCCUUUCACGUCAAUACUCCCGCGAUGCUGCCACCUCGACCGUCAGCAUCCAGGGCUCAGGGAACCACUAUCACGCCUGUGCCUCGGAUGAGUACGAGGACGUGGGCUUCGACCCGUCCAUUCUUCCUCCGCCGGACCCUUGGAUAGACAGCAUCAGUGAAGACUUACCUGAUGUUGGCUACAACAGCUCAGCUAUCUUGGAUGCGGUGCAGAGGUCAGUGUGUCAGCGAGACGGUCGUUGGUUCCUGAAGCUGCUGCAGGCCGAAAGCGACCGCAUGGAGGGCUGGUGCCGACAAAUGGAAAUGGACCAACAACAUAAUAACCUUCCGGAGGAUGUUCUGGGGAAGAUACGGAGUGCCAUCGGAAGUGCUCAGCUGUUGAUGUCCCAAAAAUUCCAGCAGUUCAGGGAACUGUGUGAGGAGAAUUUGAACCCCCAUGCCCAUCCUCGUCCCGUAGCCUCCGACCUGGCUGGUUUUUGGGAUAUGCUUCAGUUGUCCAUUGAGAACAUUAGCCUGAAGUUUGAUGAGCUCCACCAACUCCGAGCCAACAAUUGGAGACCCCUUGACCCACCUGAGAGAAAGGAGCGACGGCUCCCACCUCCAGUUCCCAAAAAGCCGCCCAAGGCCCCGCACCAGCACCCCCCUCUGGCCCGGGACCGCUCGCUGGAGAGUUCCGAGAAACAGCGACAGGAGGCCAGGAAGCGCCUGAUGGCCGCCAAGAGAGCCGCCUCCGUGCGACAAAACUCCGCCACGGAGAGCGCCGACAGCAUCGAAAUCUACAUUCCCGAGGCGCAGACCAGGCUAUGAGGACAAACUACUGUACGUCAUUUACGUCUUACACUAUAUUGAAGUUUUUAUCCAAAGGUCAAAAAUGCUAUUACUACUAUAAAGCCAUGACAUAUAUUACAUUACUGUUUACCUGACUGAUUAAAUGUACAACUUGGGUAAUUGUUAAAGUAGUUUAGUCCCAAAUGAAGGAAGGGCUUUGUUACAAUUAGUGGGCCUCAUUCAGCAAUACAUUAUUUGGCUUACUGGCCGCCAAUGACGGCGGUAGAUGUCCAAUUUUUUGAACGCCAAUCUCACCAAUACAAUGGUGUAUAUUGUAAUGUAUUAUACUGUGGUAAGCAUCUGCAUGUAGGUGAUUGGUUACCACAAAAAUCUUAAAACCUGCUGUAACCUAAGGUCAUUUUUUUGUCCAUAGUAACGUGCUAGAUAAUUUUAGAAAAAAAUAAAAUCAUGGAUUAUAGUUGAGAUAAACCCCGGGUUACGACGUAGUCUAUUUACGCGAUUUCGACUUUACAAUGCCGGAGUCUCGUCCGCCAUUUUGUCUCCAGUUUUGUUUGUUUGUUUUUUGUCGCAUAAACAGUACCUUAUUGCACUUCACGGUAUCUUUUUGAGUGCUGCAAAAAUUUACUCGGGUAAGAUUAGAAAAAUAGAAUUAAAUUUUGCUGCUUCGAGUACUCGUUUAAUUAAAGUGGUGUUGUACUGGUUUGUUUUGAAAGUGUUUGCAUCUAGUUUUAUUGAUUUGGGUGAAUACCCUGCCCUCUAGUGGCAACAGUGAAUAUUACAUAACUUAUUUCACAUGGCUGAAUCCAGCUGCUCCCUGUUAAAACCAACAUAAGCUAAGUUUUUGUUUGAGCUAAUGGUUUUUAAUGCAUUCGUAAUUUAGUAGUAUAUUUAGCCGUUUUUUGUGGGAAUAUGUGUUUGAACCAUUUGCUAAGAGCAUUGUUAGUCCUUUAUUGCCAAAUGUAUCACAUUUGAUACACCUAAAAUUUUCAUUAUGUUGAGACUAAUUCAGAAUUUUGACAUUUCUUUUUGAAAUAUGCUGGAUGCAAGUCAACACAUGCAUCUGCAGGUUCCAUGAGGAAAAAAAAAAACAGGAUUUAGCAUGGGUUAUAGAUAUUAGAGCACUUAUUAGUACAGUAUAUUACACAUAUUCAUUUUGACUUUUAUUUUUACAAAUUUGAAAAAAAUAUUUCAUUAGGACCCUAUUUUUUAAAUUUUGGUAUUCUCUGAUAAUUGAUUCAUGUUGCAGGCAUUUAAGGGUUAAAAAAACAACAUUUUAUCCCAGCAUUCGAGUAUGCGGACUUUUGCUAUGUAAGUUAGCCAAUUGUUCUUAUGUUGUACUUCGAUCCUCCCUUUUUUUUUUUUUUUACUGUUUGAGACUCAGCUCAGGUAUUUCAAAUGUUUAUGUUCCUUAUCCGAUUACUCAAUUAUUGUAACUAACUAGUUCAUCGAUUAAUAGGCUACUGAAAUAAUCGAUAGCUGCAGCCUACUUCGCUUUAUUAAUAUGACGUGUUUUAGCCUCACUUAACAUGUUGUUCAUCUUGAACGACAACAAACAAGGCAAUUGUGCUUUUUUUUUUUUUUUUUUAAGGCUUUUUACUUUUGACAAUUUGUAAAGCUGUAACACACAUAUGUACGCUUAUGUUCAAAACGACAUACAUGUUAACAAUAAAACACGACACAAAAAAAUUGGUGUUCAAAAGUCCAUAUAGUCUGAUCAAUAUGUAAAUUUAGUAGAUUAAAUGAGCCUAAUUUGCCUUACAAAAGUCCGCUAGCUUAAAUGCUAAGAAUGCUAACAUAUUUACAAUUCUCAUAGCAAAUCACUCACACGUAACUUCCCAAAUUGCAGCUCUAAACUUAACAACAAAUGCAUACACAAAAAUAUAUUAGCUGAAACAACUUACAGCCUUAUGUGGGCCAAGCCAGAGCGCAGCUAUCCUUUGUCCAUGUCAGACAUCUGAGUCAUACAAGGUGACAGUGCAGUCAGACCCAACGCUGCCACCAGAGGGCAGUGUAUCCUCUAUUAUUAAACAAAAUCAUUUUGGACUUUUUGGAUAGUUAUUUUGGGGUACUUAAAGGUAAAUUCCGACUCACGCGGAAAUUCGGGUUAUGUCACCAGCGUAGGAACAGAAGUCAUUUGUAGCCCGGGACUACCUGUAUUUUUGAAAAGUAUUAUUUCAUGUUGCCUUGGGAUUUAGUACUUUCCAAUCAGAGUUCAGAUGUCAAUAACCCGAAAGCCAAAGCCCACAAUUUCAAAAUCCUUUGUCAAAUUUAGAAGAAAAUGUUGAAGCAUUCUCAAGUUACAGCAACAUUUCGUUAGCCUCAUAGCAUCAUUGGCUAAGUAAUUGUUUACCUGCCUAACUCUGUGCUCCUUUCAAUACUGCCUUUCUGCUUAUAUCCUUGGCCAAUCAUAACACAUAUUAGAAUGCAAAAAUGCCAAUGUCAAACAAAUAUAUUUUUUUCUUGUUGUCCAAAACUAGUGAAAUAGGACAUAGGCAAUUAUGCUAUAACAAUUUGUAAACAAAGGCAUAUAAAAAAAAAACAAAUUGUGUGGAAAUGUCCAUUAAAAUGAAGAUGCAUAUAAAUCAACAGUAUUGGUGUAGUUCAAACUUAAUAACAGCAGCACAAAUGUUGGAAAAAAAAUAAAAAUAAAAGUGCCAUGGCUUGUAAUGGGUGUAAUUCCACGGUCAACCUCUAGAUGUCAGCCAUGAAAUUACCCUGACACUGUAAAUUGGACUAAAAAAGAAGAAUGAAACAAUUUCAGCGCUCCCAAAUAUGUGAGAUGAUUGGUGAAUGAGGCCCAUUGUUGUUUGUUAGCGUCAGAAUACCGUAUUUUUUGGACUAUAAGUCGCACCUGAGUAUAAGUUGCAUUUUUUUCAUUUAACAGAAACCAAGACCAAACAUGAUACAUUGUAAUGUCAAUUGUAAAAUGGAGACCUACAGGCUAAAGUGCAGUGUUGUUUUUGUCAACGAUAACGAAAAUAUUUUGUCGACGAACAAUUUAAGGCGAUGACGAGCUAAAAACAUGUCGUGGGGGACUAAAACAUAACAAGAUGAAUUUUUAAUUGAAAACAAAUCCGCAAUGAACUUUGAAGCGAGAAGUAGCGAAGGAUCCCUGUAUACACACAUAGACGCCAAGUUGUCCAAGAGUUUGAGGACGCUCGCCAUUAGCAUUAGGCUCAUUCUAACGCGACUGCUGUGCUAAUGCUACGAGUUACAUUUAGUGUGUGAUGAUCACUUAGCACAGACCUUUUUAAAGGGAACCACAUAUAGAAGGACAUGUACUGUAGCUCUUAAAAGAUAAAUCUUAGUACGAGUUAUAAUAAUUCCAUAUUAGAACCGCUCUAAAUGCUUUCGUGUCAAUAAAAUUUGUCAAAUUAUUAUAACUAGUAGGUCACAGGACGGUGACGUCUCAUGGCCAUGCUGCUUAAAAAAAAAAAAAAACAGAAAAAAAUCGUGUCA